CGGGGAAGCGCUCCGCCCAGCUUGACGCUCCGCCCGGGAGGAGGCAGGCGUGCAGGAGCAGCCCAGACCGGCGGAGGCGGAGAGAAACGGCCGCUUGGGGCAAGGACCGAUUCCUGCCAUGGCGACCAAGACCAUCCCGCUCUCAAAGCAAACCAGAGAAGUCGUGUGUGGCGUCCCGACGGAGGUGGUGUGCACCGCCUUUGGAGCCACAAUCCUGGUGGUGGUGACCCAGUACGGAAAGAUGGGGACUCUGGUCUCCGUGGAGCCUGAGGCAGUUCCUGACGGGGUCAACCGGCCUUUGUGGACCACCAAAGUUCUCCUGGGCAAAGACGAGCCCCUCGUCCACAUCUCCGCCAAGCAUCUGGUCACUUCGGUGUCGCAGGAAGCUGGCAGCAAGACAGUUCUACUGGCCAUGGCUCUGAAGGACAAAAGCGUCGAAGGCAUCCGGACGUUGAAGGAAGUCAUCCACCGGUGCCGAGUGUGGUGAUGAUGGGCCGGAAGAAUUCUUUGGAUGCCAGAGAGAGCUCUGCUGGCUGGGGAAUUCUGGGACUUGAAGUCCAUGGGUCUUAAAAUCAGGUCUGGAAGUCCAAAAGUCUUAAAGUUGCCAAAUUUGGACUCCCUUGGUGCACAAGGUGACUUUUUCUUCUUAUUUUGAACCUUGAUAAUGAACAUUUGUGGGUAAGCAGACACAACGGGUGUCAAUUCGUGUUAUAUAAAUAUUCACAAUCCCUGUUCCGAAACCUGUAAAAGUUUGCAUCUAUCUACAAGUUCACCCCAGCCGAUUUUACAUCACAUUUUCUUGUAGUGAUUUGGAUUUUUUUUUCCCCUGCGGAAGGAAACCCAUAGGGUUCCACCACAAAACUGCGGUAGACUAAAGCGCGC